GAGUCAGUACCAUUUCACAUUUUAAACGAGGCGAACGUCGUUUUUUAUUGUUGCACGCGCUUAUUUAAUUUUUUCUUUUACAUUAAUAACAAAAACCAUUUUCCAAAUUCAUUUCACACAUUCAUGCACCCAAUCGACAUUCUAUCUAUUCUGUUUUAAAUUGUCGUCUAUCCGGAGCGCAGUCCAACGACACUGUAAUCAAUAAAUAUGUCUUAUUCAAUGUGCGACGGUGUUAAACGUUCCCAUGUUUAAUUCUCAUUGGAUUCGAUUUGUGCGGGAAAAAUCACGUGCAAAAUAUUUCGGUGCUUAAAUCUCGAUUACUCGAAAUUAUGGAUUAUUAAUUGCGGACAGUUUUCACGAAACGACUAGUGAAGUUUUUGAAGAACUUCAGUGACAAUGAUUCAUUCAAAGAUUGAUGCAAUCCGAUUAACUCGCAAAUGUGUUUAAUGGAUACAGUUUUUAAGUUUUUUUUUUUAUACGAAUUUAAUUUUGAGUGAAUUUUGAAAAUUUACUUGUGAAAAGUUCCUGACAUUUUUCAAAUAUGCAUGUGGAGUUCAAGUGUGAAAAUCAAAAACAUUCGCUUUGAAACGACUUUUUUGUGGGGAUUUUGAUUCUAAGUGGCAUAUUUACAUUCAACUGAUCGGAAACAUUGAACGGUAUUUUUGUCAGCUAGACAGAAGGAGCAUAUUUUGGCAUAACGGGAACACAAGACGCACCAGGCCAUUCGAAAGAUUCUGAAAAAGCUCUGUGUGCAAGAGUCCGUUGCUCACGGCUUCAAGAAAAUUCAAUCGCUUCAUUUGGCUAAUGAGAGAAUUUCUUGCUCUAAAAUUUCAUCGCCCAAUGGAAAUGAAUUUGUUUUGAUGUGUAGAAAACAAAAAUAUGCCAUUGAACAUUCAAGCUAAUCAGAUAGUUGCGCCGUGAUUGAUAGCUUAUGAUUUGCCGAAGUUAACACGGGAAUAAAUACGCACACGCGGAGAAACCAGAACCAAAACCACAUUACAGCCAAAAGUAAUCAUCAAAUCCACGCUUGCAAGGAGAUAAAAGACUCAUUGAAGCGAACCACUUACAAGCAGAAAAAAAAACGAGGUGUUAACAGACAUUUUUAACAGUCAAAGUGACUGAAAGAGUUGAAAGAGAGAGAGAAAAAACAAAGCAACGAAAUAAACCGGAAAAUUUAACGAAAAUCUGAUUGUUAUUGAAGCUCUGCUGCUACAACCGAAAACACAAUUUUAUUCUUUUUGUUCGUUGCUCCUCUUGUUGUUGUCCGAAGAGUUAACUGUGCUAAAUAAAGACAUCGGAACGCUGCGAUUGUUUUGUUUUUCUUGUCAGCAAGAGCGAGAGAAAGACUAGAGGAGAAAAGACAAGACAUUCCAUUGGGAGUGCACGGUGUGUGACAUUAUGCCGUUGUUGGUAGCACAAAGAAAUACACACCAAGGAGUAGCGGUAUUAGAUCGUUGCCAUCGUGCCACUAGUAACAAACUAUUAUUGGAACAUCAACAACCGCUCGAUUUUACUAUGUCCAAAUACAAACCAACGUCGCGUCAUCAAUUGUAUCGUCAAAUUUAUAGCGCCGAAGAUUCAUUGCAAUACGAUCAAAAAUUGCACGAAGAUCAAGAUAUGCAGUGGCACCGCCCGGUAACAACUCUAUCAGCCUCAUCAUCAGUGACAACGCAAUCGACACACAACAGCAAACCGAAGCAAAUGAACAGUAGCAUACCAUUUAGGGAGCUGCUUCUUCAACAGCAACAAAGUAAAUUGUUGGCCAGCGAUACGACGACAGCGACGAAUGUAGCUAGCGGCGCUGGUAUCGUUGCGACCACGCCAAACACUGAAAUCACAGCCAAUGCAAUCAUAUCGUCGGCCGUUGAACAGGAUCGCAUUGCGUUGGCAUCGCAUUUUCAAGAGCGCGACCGAUUAAUACUGCAACACCAGCAACAUCAAUUGCAACAGCGAAAGCACAAGCAAAAACAAUUGGACGAACACGAAAAGCCCUUUAGCUCUAGUAACCGCAUCAGAGACUUUGUGAUAGGCGGCGGCGGCGGUGGUGGUGGUGGUGUUGAUCGAGUCGUCGCAAAUAUCGCUUCUGGGAAAACGUCCGAUUUGAAUCGAUUAUCCAAAUCCCCAUCUCCGGUACCUUCACACGAUGAUGUGGACAGUAAUGAUUCAUGUUGCCCGCGUGGUAAAUCGCAAUCACCCGAGCCUUGUCAUCUAGACGAGCGACCCACAAAUCUUCACUUGGUUACCGACCAGUCGAGAAAUACACCAUCACCACCAAAUCCAACGACAAACAUGGCAUCUGCUUUAGCCGCACUGCAAAGCCAAUUACAGUUGGGACCGCUAUUGAUGCCAAAUCACCUAGGCCUUGGCAAUUUGGCCGGCAUGUCACCGCAAGAGCUGACUGCACUCACACAAGCAUUCCAACAAGUCCAACAAGCUUCAUUGCAGCAACAACUACAAAACUAUAUGGAACUGUUGCACAGCAGUGCCAAUACGUUGGGCCCACAGAAAAACGCAAGCGCCGCAAAUGCACAAAUCCAAGCGACCGCACAAUUUUUCCAGGUGGCCCAGGCAGCACAGCAAUUGCAAGCAUUGCAAAAGCAACAGCAAAUUAAAAACCAAGCAUCGGCCACAAUGUCAAAUUCACCGGUUCACAGCCCAUCAGGCAGUCCAGGCCUUCCGACACCCACAUCAAUUCUAGUGGGAAACAAUCAAACGACACCACCAAAUGUUAAUGUAAAUCUAAAUGUUGGCGGAAUUCUAACACCGUCGACACCUGGCUCCGGAACGCACACACCGCAAAUGCAAAAACAUUCGGCUAUGCCACGCGCUUUGGAACCAUCACCAGAGGAACCAGCCGAUUUAGAAGAAUUAGAACAAUUUGCAAAAACAUUCAAACAACGUCGAAUCAAAUUGGGCUUCACACAGGGUGAUGUCGGUUUGGCCAUGGGUAAACUCUAUGGCAAUGACUUUUCACAAACGACCAUAUCAAGGUUUGAAGCUCUCAAUCUUAGCUUUAAAAACAUGUGCAAACUGAAGCCACUGCUUCAAAAAUGGCUUGAAGACGCCGAUAAUAGCAUUUCCAAUCCGGGCGGCAUCUUCGGUACAAGUACACUAAGCAAUCCAUUGACAACGCCCGAGACGAUUGGUCGACGACGCAAGAAGCGUACCUCGAUUGAGACAUCGGUGCGUGGUGCUUUGGAGAAAAAUUUCCACUUGAAUCCAAAACCGACAAGUGAAGAAAUCACAAAAUUAGCCGAUCGAUUGUAUAUGGAAAAGGAAGUAGUGCGCGUAUGGUUCUGCAAUCGUCGCCAAAAAGAGAAGCGUAUCAAUCCGCCGGGUUCCGAGAGUCCGACCGGUGGAAAUGGAAGCGGCAGUCUCUCAUGGUUGCCAGCUCUAUCGCCGAAUUUGCAACAACAUUACACGCAAAUUUCCAGCCUAAAAUCGGAAUGACCUGCUUAAACCAUAGAUCCCAUCAUUCAAAAUGCAGUUGAACAGCCGAUUUGGUCGCCAAAUAACGAACUGAACCCUUUCACCAGGAAAUCAACACACAUCAACUGACAAAACAUUCAUACGAAAAUUUUUCCAAUCAUAUCGCAAUGGGAAAAACCAAGAAUUUAUUAAACGUUCAAUGUUUUUUGAUAACUUAAAUAGUUCGAAUCGAGAAAAAUACAAUGGAAAGUAAAAUCAAAUACACACACACACACAUUUAAAUGUAUGCGAAGGUAUUUGAAGAGACAUAACAUGGAAACACACAUGCAGUAGAAACCGACAUUUAUUCAAAGUUCCUAAACAAUUGUUUUUUAAAAAUCUCAAAUACAAAUCCGAAUUGAAACAAAACAUAAAAUAGAAAAGAAAAUCGAACCGAAUCGUCUAUGUCAGAACAAUUUUCUUCGCUUUUCUAAUUUUCUCGUUUCAAAACCAGCAAGACACCUACACAUACACAAGAUAGAAUUAGAACCGAUGUGAAAUUCCGUCGAUGACAUAUAAAUCAGAAUGUGUCACAGUGCAAUUCUUUUAAUACCGGUACUAAUACUAUAUUCGAAUGAUAAAUUUCUUUCACUUCUUUUCACUUAAUUUUUUUUUUCUUUUUGAAACAAUUAGUUCCUAAUACCGUUUACGAAUACAUUUUUAUGGUUUUGUUCUUUUUAAAAAAAAAACAUAAACAAGAAGAAAAGAAACUAGACAGAUUAAGGUUAAAAUUUAUGAACAUAGCAAAAUAAACGAAAAGAAAAGAAAUCAUCGAAGAAACAUUAAUGGCAAAUAUGAUCAAUGAACAUAAAGAAAAAUGAUGUAAAAGCCAAAAUGAAGGCUAAAUAGUACUAUGGAACUAGCGAAAGCAGACACAAAUGCAAAUGUAUAUAAAAUUAAGUAGAUUAAUUUAACUUUAAAUGUCACUUGUGAAAUGUAAAAAAUAAUAUUGAUGAUACAUGCAGACGGAAUGAAAAUAAGGGAGAAUAAUGAUGAUGAAGAAGCUGUUAUUAUACAUUACAAUUUAGCUGAAGUUAGAAUUCUAGACCGUAUAAAUAUCGAGAAUCGGCUGAUGAUGAUGAAAAUUCACAAUGAGAUCAAUAAAAUUUUAUACUUAAGUUCAUUUGUCUUUUUUUCACAUACCAAAAAUAGUGCUCUCUCUCUCUCCUGGGGGAUGCCCAAAUGGAAUAGAAAUACUAGAGAAAAAACAUGCCAAUGGAAAGAAAGACAGAUUGAAGUAUUAGCCACAUCUUCUUCUCACGCACAUACGCAUUUUUGAUUUUUUUUUUUGUUCAGAAAAGCAACGAUCUAUGCUCCUUCAUUGAUAAAUUACCUAAAAAAAUGUUUCUUUUCGAAAUUUCAAACUUGUUUCUUGAACAAACUCUUUCAAAAUGGCUCAAUUCCUAAAUGGCUUGAGCUGAUGGAAUUGUUUGGCUGAAACUAAAUUAAAGUUCGAAACAAAAUUUUCUGUAAACGAAGGUAAUCAAGAUGAAAUCCUUCAGUGGAAUGAACAUAUUUAUCAAUUGACGAACAUAGAACAAAAUAUGUUGUAAUCUGCGUGAGGAAAAGAGUGUGGAUUGCUUUUUGAGUUCCUAAUUUGUGCGAAGUAAAACGAAAUUUCGAUAAUCAAAAAAUUACCUUUUUUUAUUGAAUGAGAAACAGGGCCGUAUUUUUGCGUUUUUUUUAUUCAGAAAAUUAAAUUCCAAAAUAAAUCAUAUGAAAAUUCAAAGUCGACACUCAAUUUUUCUUUCAAAACCAGAUCCAGUUUACAUUUUUACACUGAAAAUGAAUCCAAUAGUACCUAUAGUAAUGUAUUUACAUUGAUGCCAGCACAUUUGAUGCAUAAAGCCAUAGCAAAUUUUUUUUUUAAUCCGAAAACCACACACAGAAAAACAAACUGAUGAUCUGUAGAGUAGUUUUUGUGACGAAAACUGUACAGUUUUUGAUCCAGGGCAGCUUUACUUUAGCAUAAUCAAAAUCUCAGCCGCAAUUUUAGAAAUCAUAAUUAUUUGUUGUCUGAUUUUAAUUUUGAUGCCGAAUGAUGAUGAGAUUUCAAUACGAGCAGAACAUAUCGAAGGAAUUAACAGAAAAUAUUUUGCGAAUGAAAAACAUUGAGAGAAGAAAAAUAAUGACAGUUAAGAUUCUAAAGAAACCAGCCGUAUACGUUUAAACGAACAAAAAAAUGCAUCAUUCGAGAAACAAAACGAAAAUUCGUGGCAUUAAACUACAAAACCAAUUGCAAUAACUGUUGACAUUUUGUGAAUAAAAAGAGAGAAACAUUAGUUAUUAGUUUUGUUUAGUUUAUUUUGCAGCAAUUCAAAAGAAGUUUUUUCGUCCAGUAGAAAUGCCGACAAACACAAAGUUAAGUGAAAAAUUCGCCAAAAUUCAUAUCAUAAAUAUACGUUGGCAAGAGAGAUAAAAAAAUGGAGGCUAAAUAAAGCAAAGAGCAUAAUAAAUAAAUUAAGUAUUAGAGCAAACAAAUGUAUGUAAAAGCACAGCAAAUCAGAAGAAUAAUUUUUUUUUCUUGUAAUUUUUGAUCGUGUAAUUGUUCGAAAGAGACAGCAUGUGUAUUUGAGUUUAAAGAGAAUUCACUAAAUUAAAUGUAUUAUAAAAUUAAAUAUCGUCUGUAUAAAAUGAAUAACAAUUGAUCGAGGAAAGUUUGAAAUUAAGACACAAAUGACACAAAAACCUAUCACGUAUUUAAAGAAAAACAACAAGAAAUAUUAAAUAAAUAUGGAAUAAGUGAAGUGGUGUAAACAUGUUAUAUGAAAUUUAUUACUUAAUUUAAUAAAGAAAAAAAAAACGUAUUUAAGCAACACAGAGAGACACACACAAAAUGCAAACACACAUACACAAUACAGAGCACAAACAGAAUUCAGUUGACACUAUUGAAAUAUUAUUUAUUUGAACGCGAGCACGCAGUAUUCUAAUGAUCCGUCGGUAUUUGUUUAGUAUAUUUUUGUUUGUUUCUUUCUCUUCUUAUUUGAAUGCAAAUACCAAUGAAGCAGAAGAAUCAAUUUAAUUCGCGGUAUUUGUUUGUGCACACAUUUUGACAGUUGACGAAACUGAUUUUUGUAAUACACACUCUAUUCCAUAAGUAAAUUUAUUAAAACAACAAACCCGUAACAAAUUGUAUCUAUAAAAAUCGAUGAAUGCAAAUACAACGGAAAAAAUUAAAGAAAAAAAAAACACAGUAAUAAACAACACAUCCAAAAAAAUGUAAAGGAAACAAAAAAUUUAUCUUGUAUAUUCUUCAUUAUCCAUUUAAAAUAAAUUUAAUAAAUGCAAAAUAAAUAGAAAUAUCUGAAGAAAUGUAUACAAA